AUGACUAAUGAUCGUAAUCUACCAGUUAUAACCAAGGAGGAGGUUGUAAAAUGGUCACAAGAUGCUCAAACUACUUUGGAAAAAACCCAGAAACUAUGUACAAAUGCCCAAUCCCUGUUACAUUCUACAAUCGAGGAGUUGACGGUUAGACUACCGGGAAAAUUGGAGGCAACUGAAUUUCUAUACAAUUCAUAUAUUAGGCAACAUGGAUUAAUAAAUAAACAAAUAGAUCAUAUUAGAGAAUAUGUGAAACAGAAGAUUAACAAUGUUUUUACGGAAAUAAAUGACACUUUAGAACCAUCAUUUGACCAAUUACAACACAUUCUACAGAAGUUGAAGAAAAUUAAAGUUCCUCCUUUCAUUGUUCAGGAUGGAUCUUCCAAUAAAUCCCUAUUAGAUUUUACUUCCCUUGAUUCUAUGGAAAUGCUCAAACAAAAUAUCGAAAUUUACAAAUCAAAUUGCAACAAGAUACGGAAAGUUGUAGACACUGAGGUUAUGGAAAAGAUAAGUAAUCAAUAUAAUUCAAUGGUGUCAAUAGAUAAAGAAAUUAGAAAGGUCUACGACUCGUUGACGCCCUUAAAAGUGGAAUUGAGAACGCAAAGCAAAGGUAAGUCAAUCGAAUCAAGUUCUUUGGUGGCAACAAUUCUACGAGAAAACGAGUCCCUUGAAGAUGAAUUGGUUUCCAUAUUGCAAAUGCAAACAAACCAUUUUGACCAAUGUAUGAAGGCUGUGGUAUUGGUUUCUUCCGGAAGUAAAAGUGAUGCGAUAAACUUGGAAGUCUUACAAAGUGACGCCUAUGAGUUGCCAGAAGUGUUCAAAGAAUUGACAACAGUUUAUGAUAUUAUACUUCAGAAUGAAGAAAGGUCGAAAAAGUUUAUAACUAUCAAUAGAUCAAACAUAGACUCGGUAUCACAGCUUAUAAAUAGGGCGAUGGAAAUGUUUAGAGAAUUUAAGGUGAACCUGUACCCCAAAUAUCUCAUACUUAUAGCCGAGAUUGAAGAGAAACUAAAUACUUGUUCAAUUGAUUCAACUGAUGAUGAUAAAUCACCGUGCGAGGUAUACUCAGAGACUUUGCAAGAAUUGACUUCUCAUUACGUCCAGUUUAUUAAUGUUUACAAAACAAAAUAUUUGAUAGAACUACACCACGAACAGUAUACCUAUCCAAGAAAGUUUCUAAAGAGAUUAACGGAAUUCUUGUAUGAGGAUGUUUAUGGAAUUCAACUAGAGGAAGCUGAAAGAAGAAGGAGAUGGAUGGCAAAGUACGGACAAUUUAUUCCAGCAGAGUUCAAGCUUCCUGGAGAACACGAAUUACCAGUGGUGGUACAGAUCAUAACUGAGGGAUUAGAAAAUAUUCAAAAAGAUCAAGAUUUUAGUGUGGAAGAAGAGGUGUUAUCGAAAGAGGAAACGGAGUUGAUUGAUAUGAUUAAAGGAACCAAAAUUUAA